AUGAUUGUCCAGGUGGGUAGUACAGACAGAGCUUCGUCAGUGCCAGAGUUUUGUAGCUCGUUGCAAAAAUCUUCGGCGGCUCGGCGGACGCAUUCGAGGAGCGCCCCAUCGUUUUCUGGGUCAUUCGAGUCGCACUCAGCAAUGCAAAGGCGACAGUUGGAAGCUCAGAGUGUUCGCGGGGUUUAUAAUAAAAAUUGGGGCAGAAGUGAGGAGCGAGGAGUGAGGGAGGCUGAUUACAAUGAAUUCAUCACGACCAGUCCUCGUCCGUCGCCACAUCACCGUGAUCAUCAAAGCACGAGGCAGUUUAGGUCGGAUUUGGCAAGGGCACGUUGUGCAACACGAGCUCCCGAUACGCUCAUCCACAUCGGCCAUUCACAGUGGGAC